AUGGAGCAUAAGGCAUACUGGGCUUUGAUAUUUCUGAAUUUUGAUGAGGCUCUUUCAAGGGAAAAGAGGAAGUUGCAACUCUUGGAGCUGGAAGAAAUGAGAUUGAAUGCGUAUGAGUCUUCAAGAUUGUACAAAGAAAAAGUGAAGGCUUAUCAUGACAAGAAGCUGUUAAAGAAGGACUUUAGGCCAGGACAACAAGUGUUGUUGUUCAACUCAAGAUUGAAGUUGUUUCUAGGCAAACUAAAGUCUAAAUGGUCUGGACCAUUUACCAUCAAGGAAGUCAAGCCAUAUGGAGCAGUGGAAUUAUUUGACCCUUAG